CUACUAUACUCCAUAUUAUACAGGUUACUGAACUUGAAAUAUUCUAUUAAAAUAAGCAAUGGAUCCACCGUAUGCACCGUUAAGUGAGUCCUGUGCAAAGGCUCUUGGGGACAAAGUAUACGAGAAGAGGAAAGUUGCUUCGCAGGAAAUAGAAAAAAUGGUAACGGACUUUAACAAUAAGAACAACACAACCCAAAUACGCAAGCUUAUAGAAGUUUUGUCAAAUGAUUUUGCCGCAUCACGUGAUGCCAAUCGUCGAAAGGGUGGCUUAAUCGGCUUAGCCGCUACAAGUUUGGGGCUGGGCAAGGACUGUCAUAAAUAUGUGAACGAACUGGUGCAGCCUAUAAUAAAUUGUCUGUCGGAUCAAGACCUAAGAGUGCGUUACUUUGCUAGCGAAUCUCUAUAUAAUGUGGUUAAGGUGGCACGAGCAGCCAUUAUUCCUUUCUUUCCUGAGCUCUUUGCAGCACUUUCACGCCUGGUUACUGACUCUGAUCAAACAGUGAAAGGUGGUAGCGAACUUCUGGAUCGUUUGCUUAAGGAUAUAGUAACGGAAUCAUCGCAAACAUUUAACUUGGAGGCUUUUAUACCUUUACUCAGGGAGCGUAUUUAUGUGAAGAAUGCAAAUUCGAGACAAUAUGUUAUCUCAUGGAUAUCAAUUUUAAAUGCGGUGCCCGACAUAAAUAUGGUCUACUACCUGACCGACAUUCUUGACGGGCUCCUGGGCAUGCUCGAGGACAAUUCGCCCGAAGUGCAGCGAAUGUGCGAGACGACACUUAAUCAGUUUCUAAAGUCGAUACGCAACGAUGCCUCCUCAGUGCAUAUGGAAGACACUAUUAACACGCUGAUCUACCAUGCACAAUCGCCCAAUGAGCUGAUUAAGUCCAUAGCUAUCAGCUGGGUACGUGAGUUUGUACAAAUCUUCGGUCCAAACGUAUUACCCUAUGCGAGCGGCAUUUUUACUGCCAUAUUGCCGUGUUUGGAGUACAAUGUGGAGUCAAAGUUGAGUAUUAAAGAAUGUGCUGUGUCUGUAAACAAAUCAAUGAUGCAGCUUGUCUCAUCAAAGGAACACAAAACGGAGAAUACCGAGAAGAUUGAUUUGCGUUCUAUUAUGGAAGUACUAUCACGUUACCUUACACACAACUCUAUGCAUACAAAGGUUGCAGUGCUUAAGUGGAUACAUCAUUUGUUUUUAAAUUUCCCCAAUGAAAUGUCUGCGCAUGCCAACAAUUUAAAUGACAAUCUGCUUAGUAUUCUGUCAGAUAACUCUGACGAGGUUGUACUCCAAAGUUUGUCUGUUUUGGCUGUAAUAGCCGAUUCGCAGGAUAGUAAAGGUAAAAAGACUGUAUCAGUAUUUUUAACUUUUAAUCAAUUUUUUUAUCCAUCAGAUCAUUAUCGCAAGUUUCUGUUAAGCCUACUUAAUUUGUUUAGCGAGGAAAGGCUUAUUUUGGAAAGUAGAGCUAGUCUGAUUAUAAGAAAACUAUGUGAGCUCUUGAAUGCCGAUUACAUUUAUCGAACUUUUGCCGAAAUCAUAGCCGAGCAAAUGCCAAACUUAAAGCUUGCUGCCACAAUUGUGCGUAUGCUCAACAGCAUAUUGUUGACAUCUACAGAGUUAUUUGAAUUGCGCAACAGCCUUCGUCAUAUAUCCAAUGAAAAAUCCGCCGAUUUAUUCCAAUGCCUUUACAAAAGUUGGGCGCACUGUCCCGUAUCUACUCUAUCCCUUUGCUUAUUAGCGCAGUGUUAUCAACAUGUCUCCGAUCUCGUGAUCUUGUUCGGCGAUGUGGAGAUCACUCUAGAACUACUCAGUGAGCUAGAUAAAUUAGUGCAACUCAUAGAAUCUCCAAUUUUUGCCCCACUGCGACUCACUCUUGUAUCAAAAUCAAAUAAUUGUGCAGAUGCACAGUAUUUGGCACACGCGUUAUUUGGUAUAUUAAUGUUGCUGCCACAAACGGAGGCCUUUAAUACGCUGCGUAAUCGCUUGCAGUGCGUACCUAAUUAUUGGGGCCAAGAACCAGUUGAAGCGCGCAACUCUUUGCAGCACAAAAGUGGCAUUGAUUUUGAAGAACUGCGAAAUCAUUUCAUAAAGUUGCAGAAAGCGCAUCGAGAACAGCGCAUAAUACAGCGCAAGCGCAGCGUGAUAAUAUCGGAGACUCAUUAGAUUGUCAAACUUAUAUGU